AUGACGGGAGACGCUAUCGCAGAAGAAAAGAAUGAGGUGAAAAUGGCGGUACAAAUCAACUCAUCGUGUGCCUUGUCCGCGAGACCUUAUCAUCAUCUCUUGGCGAGCAGCAGGAACCGUAGAUUCGCAAUCAAAUGUCAGAUCGAAACAGAGGAUCCGGGGAAGCCGAGGUCAUCCGGGGUAGGAUUCGGGUCAGCGGCGAAAGGGAAAGGGAAAGGGAAGAGGGAGGUGAUUCGUCGUUCUCCAGUGGAGAAACCUGUGUUCGUUAGCAGCGAAGAAGGAGCGGCCAAGGCAGAGGAGCUUAGACGGAACGAGAAUGCGUUUCUUCUUACAUGGCUUGCCCUUGGUGCCCUCAUCCUCAUCCAAGGGAUUCUUCUAGCUGCUUCAGGCUUCCUCCCUGAAGAGUUGGAUAAGCUGUUUGUCAAGUAUGUGUAUCCAGUGUUCACUCCAUCCGUUGGAUUAUUCGUCGCUGGGACUACUGCUUAUGGAGUUUUGAAGUACAUACAAAAUGAGAAACUCAAGGAUCAAAACUGA